AUGCUGAAAAUGUCCUCCAUAUCCGCCCAGGGAGUGGUUGAGCGUGCCUCGGCCGAACUAUCGAAACGCAUCAACGGCCUUGGGCUGCGGUCGAAGCACCACCACGGUAGCGGUGGUGGCAAGUCCGGCGAGAAAGCGAGCGUGAUGGAGCGUGUCACGAAUGUCCUGUGCGGGGGCAGCUCCAGCAGUUCCUCCAGCAACGCCAACAACAACAGCACCACCGGGCCCACCAUACAGACGGCGGGUCAAUCGCAAUCGGGUGGUGGAGCAGGCUCCGCAGGGAUGGGUGGUGGUCACCACGCACCCGAGAAACCCUCCCGGGUGUCUAACCCUUCGGGUGCUGGCAGUGGUGGCGGUGGUAAGGGUGGUGGGGCGUCCGUGAUGCUUGGCGCCGGUGGUGGAGGAAAAUCCCAAUCGAACACACCACAGUCACUGCGGAAGAUCGGACAGCACCAUCAGAUGGGUGGUGGCCAUCACCACCUCGGUGGAGCUGGUGGAAAAAUGGGACAGUCACAGCUGGCUCUACCGCAGAUCGUCACGAUUGAACAGCUGCUGCAGGACGAGCGCUUCCUGGCACGGUUCUUCCUGUACUUCACGUCGUACGAACGGUGCACGCUGGCGCAGGUGUGUCAGAAGUGGCGCGAUCUGUUGUACCGAAGUCCACGCUACUGGAGUGGGUUGGUGCCAGUGUUGCAGUGCCGUGAACUUCGCCAGACGACCAAUCAGGAUCGGGUGAAGCUGUACAAUUCGCUCAUUCGGCGCAGUUUCCAUGCGGUCUGUUUGAUGGGUGCGACGGAUGAGGACGCGCUUGAUUUGGUGCAUUCGUUCCCGCUCGCCUCAAAGCACGUCCAUUCGCUGAGCUUGAGGUGCUCCUCCAUCAGUGACCGAGGGCUGGAGGCGUUGUUGGAUCACUUACAGUCACUGUUCGAGCUGGAGCUGGCUGGCUGUAAUGAGAUUACCGAGGCCGGCCUGUGGGCCUGCCUGACGCCCCGGAUAGUGUCCCUGUCGCUGGCGGACUGCAUCAACGUGGCGGACGAGGCGGUCGGGGCCGUCGCACAACUGUUGCCUUCACUUUAUGAAUUUUCGCUGCAGGCCUACCACGUGACGGACGCAGCGUUAGGUUACUUCUCGCCGAAGCAAAGCCACAGCCUAAGCAUUCUCCGGUUGCAGUCCUGCUGGGAGCUGACGAACCAUGGCGUUGUCAAUAUCGUACACUCGCUGCCGCACUUGACCGUGCUGUCGCUGUCCGGCUGCAGUAAGGUGACGGACGACGGCGUGGAGCUGAUUGCGGAAAACCUGCAGAAGCUGAGGGCUCUCGAUCUGUCCUGGUGCCCCCGGAUAACGGAUGCCGCCCUCGAGUACAUUGCCUGUGAUCUGAACCAGCUGGAGGAGCUGACGCUCGAUCGCUGCGUGCACAUCACCGACAUCGGAGUUGGGUACAUCUCGACAAUGCUUUCGCUGUCGGCGCUGUUCCUGCGCUGGUGCACGCAAAUCCGGGACUUCGGUCUGCAGCAUCUCUGCUCGAUGCGUAACCUUCAGGUGCUAUCCCUUGCCGGCUGCCCGUUGCUUACCUCGUCCGGUCUGUCCAGCCUCAUCCAGCUACGCCACCUGCAGGAACUCGAGCUCACCAACUGCCCGGGCGCGUCCCAGGAGCUGUUCGGCUAUCUGCGUGAGCAUCUGCCCCGCUGUCUGCUGAUCGAAUAAUCCCAUUCCGGUUCCGAGAGGAGGUACUUCUCCUUCCGCUACAUGCCAUCAGCGGGCCAAGGAUCAUCGAUCCAUACGGUUCCCCAGGGAAGCUCUGGCCACAGCCCAAACGAAUCGAUGAGCGUCCUUUUCUCCGUGAUGUUCCUAGAGAAAGGUCGGCUUCUCCUACAGUAUAUCCUUCCUAAAUAUAACUAUAUAUGUAUGGUCCUGAUUUCCACGCUAGAGCGGCCAUGCUUUGGACGCAAGUUCACAAAUUUCUUUGGCCUAUAAAAAUGCAUCAAAAAUUGUACGCUAAUGGUUUUGGUGUGAUCAUAUUUUUGAUGAUGUUUAAAUUUAACGCAAAAAUUCGCUCGUAUUUCUUUUCCAACUGUGAAGCGAUCGUUUAGGCUAGCACUUUUUAAUGCAGUUAGUAGGUGGCAGUAAACCGCAACCCGUUUCGUCCUCGCUUUUUUCAGGAGCAUCAGCUUCUCCUUUUUGGAAAUUUUACGCAACCGUAGACUAAACGAUUUGACAUUGAUAUGCCAUACGUUAAAGUUACAGUACAUGCAACAAUUUUUAUUCCUUCGUGUGGAAAGCAAAUCAACGCAUAGAGAGACCGAGGAAAAUGAAGGAAAAAAAAUACUUCCUCUAAUUUGGAUGGGAAAAAAGACAAACAAGAAACAUGCAGAAAACAAUCGACAAUUUUUUAUGGCCGUGAACUGAUUUGCUAAAUGUUGCAUGCUGAUUUGUGUGGAUGCGUGUUGCGGUUGCGUGCGGAACGAUCCAGAUCUCACAUUGAAAUUUAUAUUGAUUGCCGAACGUUGUUGAUGGAGUCGAGCGUAAAAAAGAGAGAAAAAUUAUGGGAAAAAAACAAAAAAAAAGCUCCCCAGAUGUAAUGUUAACCCAUUGUUUUAUGGUAAUGUUAGUGUGAAAGUGAUUUUGCCGAGGGCAGAAUGAAUCAAAACCGCAAGUUUGUUAUGGCGGGGUAACGGAUAAUGAGCUGACCUGUAAGUGUGCAAGACGAACUUCGAUCACAGGAUCAGGAGUAGUAGCUUAUGCCACGUGACGAGCAGAGCGUGCAAUCUAUAAGUACACCUUAUUUUGUCGAAUGUUACAUGGCUGUGUAGAUAAAGUGUGUAAAACCCUGAAUGGCAACAUGAAGAUGAAGAGCAACGUUAUAAUUUGAAAAAGACAAAAAACUCAUUCAAAAAGCAUACCAAACAAAAAAGAAAAUCCCUCAACUCUACAAAGCUAACAUUGGUGGGCAACUAGUGUUAUUAAUUCAAUUGAUAGAAGAGCAAAACAAAAAUGCACCGAAGCGAUGUAUAAUUAAAAAGGUUUAAAUAUGAAUGUUUGAUGGCAAACGAUUACAAACAAUAAGCAAGCAGACAGGGAUGCAGGAGUAUAUGGUGAAAAAAAAAAUACAAUUGUUACAGCUGCAAUAGCACAGCAGAUAGAGAAACGUUACAAAAUGUAGAAGUGUAGGAAAAAAAUGAAUACAGUGUGCAUAUAAACAUUUAACUUAAAGAUAGAUGAGCAGGAGACAAAAAAUACAUUAAUUCACCGACACAUUAUUACAAAACAAACAGAAAACAGGCGGUAUUAUGCUAUAGUUCUACGACAGAUGACUAACAAUUGGUACAAUUUAAUGUAUGAGUGAAAAACAGCCCAGAGGAAGCAAGCGGAGUGUUUGGCUCGUUAGUAUUCAUUGUAUAUAUGAUUUUUUUUACACCUGACAAGACUUGACUUCAGCGCCCAAUUGUGCGGGUGACUGUACGUUUAAAGGCGAUCGUAUAAUAUAGUGCUUGCACGAGGCAACAGAAAUAGAAGCUACCUUCAUUUAAACCGUAAAAGCGCAGUUUUAGACCCGCAAUUACGCAUGAAACAAGAAAACUAGACAUACAAAGCAGAGCAAAACCAAAAUCACCUAUAUCGCAAACCGCAAGCCGCCGAUGGCACGUGAUGUUUAAGAUAGGCAUGAUAAAGAAAAACCUACAGGGUUGGUUCCCGUAAAGCUUAAUCAAAGCUCAUCACAAGUUCCGUUUCGAAUAGCCUCGUGCCGAGUAACAUGCACUAAGGGGAGGGAAUGCAAAUGAAUAGCGUAUUUAAAAAUAGAUGCAAAUAAAACUCACAAGUAAAACUAGAGCAAACUUUAAAAUAUAGUAGAAACUGUUAGGUAAAGCAUAGAUUGCAGAGAGCUUUAGCUAAUGAUGAAAUUAAGCGCAUUAAGCCAGGCGUGUUGCAAUCGCAGCUAACGAUGGUGGUACUUUGUUUUUAAAAACGUGCGACUGACCAAAAAGGGGUUGCUGUGUUGGUGUCCAAAAGCGAGAAACUUACAAGUGAAAAACACAAAUGAAACGUUGUUUGCUCCCUGUGCGCCCACACAACUAACUUAAGCGAAAAUGCCCUAACCAAAAAGAAAAGACCGCCCAUGUCAUGACUGAUAAUAUUCGAGCUCUGAACAAACAAACUUAACUAGUGUAGCGAAUCCUAGUAUUAUUCGUGACAUAAGUGGGCACACGCCCGUUUGGUUUGGUUGAGGUUGCAGAAAUAAAGAGAAGGAAAUUUACGGAGGUGUUUUCCCGCUGUUUUCCGGUCAAUUUUUUGCGUGUUGGUAUAGCGGGAUGGCGUAGCACGUGCGCAUCCUGAGAGCAGAGGGAGCAUUUGUAAAUUAGACAAAAUUUAAAAAAAUAUACAUACAACAGAAGAGAUAGCCGACGUAGUUCCAGUGGAUCCUUCUCAUCGAAUCGUGCGAUUUCGAUGCCAGGACAAUAUUUGUUCCUGUACAUUGUGUAGCGGGACACGUGUAGAAGCUUUCCGAUUCCUUCUUUCCUUCCUACCUUCUGCUGAGAAAGGCUUACAAUAAAUAGCGGCACCCAACCGGUCACUACUAUAGGUUAGCACAUGGAAACAGUGUUUCAAAAAACACCCUAUCUCAAACGGUACACGCCGCCAUCGCUAUAUCCUGCGACGCUAUCCGGUAGACGCAACGUGAUCGCAUUUUUAUUCCUUGAAAUAGUAGUGGAAAAGAUGAAAAGCAAACUUUUUGCUAUUUUGUGACAUUAAACUGCCUCUGCUACACGUGACAUCAUGUAACCGAGAGAUCGAUCAAAAAUGCGCGGCAAGCUAUUGGGCAAACCAGCACUACUAGCAGCGAAAGAAGGAGAACAAACUUUCAGUAACGAAAAACUUUACGAUACCCAGAACGUACCCAUGUAUAAAGUUAUAUUAAGAUAUUGCAAAACUCAAGGAGGACGUUGA